GUGUGUCGGCAGGGUAACGGAAGUACGAGGCUUCACUGACGCCCAGAAGGAGGAGUACUUCAGGAGGAGAGUCAGUGAUGAAGAGCUGUCCAGCAGAAUCAUCUCACACAUCAAGACCUCCAGGAGCCUCCACAUCAUGUGUCUAAUCCCAGUCUUCUGCUGGAUCACUGCUACAGUUCUGGAGCACAUGUUGACUACAGAGCAGAGAGGAGAGCUGCCCAAGACCCUGACUGACCUGUACUCACACUUCCUGCUGGUUCAGAUAAAGAGGAAGAAGCAGAAGUACGAUGAGGGACAUGAGACGAGUCCACAGAAGCUGACGGAGGCUGACAGGGAGGUUCUUCUGAAGCUGGGGAGGCUGGCGUUUGAACAGCUGGAGAAAGGAAACAUCAUGUUCUACCAAGAAGACCUGGAGCAGUGUGGUCUUGAUGUCACAGAGGCCUCGGUGUACUCAGGAGUUUGUACAGAGAUCUUCAAAAGAGAGAGUGUGAUCUUCCAGAAAACAGUCUACUGCUUUGUUCAUCUGAGCGUUCAGGAGUUUCUGGCUGCAGUCUACAUGUUCCACUGUUACACCAGCAGGAACUCAGAGGUACUGGAGGACUUCCUGGAAGAUAGCGAUGAUCGUGAUGACGACGAAGACAACUUCCUGAGGAGAGCCAUGGAGAAAUCCCUUGGAAGUAAAAAUGGCCACCUGGACCUGUUUGUUCGCUUCCUUCAUGGCCUCUCUCUGGAGUCCAACCAGAGACUCUUUGAAAGCCUGCUGGGUUGGACAAGGUCCAGUUCAAGAACCAUCCAGAGAGCCAUCAACAACCUGAAGGAGAUGAACAGUGAUGAGAUCUCUCCUGACAGAAGCAUCAACAUCUUCCACUGUCUGACGGAGAUGAACGACAACACAGUACAUCAGGAGAUCCAAGAGUUCCUGAAGUCAGAGAACAGAUCAGAGAAGUACCUCUCUGAGAUCCACUGCUCAGCUCUGGCCUACAUGCUACAGAUGUCAGAGGAUGUUCUGGAUGAAUUGGACCUGGAGAAGUACAACACAUCAUGGGAGGGGCGAAGGAGACUGAUUCCAGCUGUGAGGAACUGCAGAAAGGCUCUACUUUCUGAUUGUGAACUCUCAGAGACUCACUGUGAAGUUUUGGCUUCAGCUCUGAAGUCCAACCCCUCCCAUCUGAGAGAGCUGGACCUGAGUGACAAUGACCUGCAUGAUACAGGAGUGAAGCUGCUGUCUGCUGGACUGAAGAGUCCAAACUGUAGAUUGGAGAUUCUGAGGGUGCCUCUAAAUUUACACCACCUCACUGAGGCUGGUCACUCGCUCACUUCUCUUACCACUGCUACGCAGACAAUAUGCAACUCUACAUAUCCUUCCUGCCAGAUGACCCCACUGUCUCAGCGCAGUUCAGGGACUCUGGUACAGGCCAUGAUUUUCCCUCAUCUCAACUACUGCAAUGCUCUCCCAGCGGGUCUUCCAGCCUGUAUCCCCUACAAAUGGUUUGCGGCGGUGCAUCUAGUUUUCAAUUAA